AUGGAUUCGGACACCGAUUACGACGAGGAGGAAGACAACGAACAACAGGAGCCGAGACGCGGAUCGGCUGACGAAUGGCCGGCGCCGGCGGUGGCCGUCGACGAGGAGGACGAAGACCUGACGGAUAUCGACGAGACGGCGGCGGAGGCCGAGGGGGCGGUCGACGAAGAGGUGGGUCCGGACGGCCAGACCCGGCAACAGGUGGUGGACGAGUGCGUGCAGGCGUUCAGAGCGCGCGACUACAUUAUGGAGCCGGGAAUCGUGCAGACACUCGGCCGCUACUUCCAGGCCGGCGGCGCUCCCGAAGUGGUGGUCGACCUCUUGGCCGACAACUAUCACGCCAUCGCGCAGACGGCCAAUCUGUUGGCCGAGUGGCUCAUUAUGACCGGUAUGACCAUCGCUGAGGUGCAGACACUCGUCGAGCAACACCUCAAGCAUAUGAUUGUCAAACAUUUUGAUCCCAUAAAAGCCGAUUCCAUCUUCAGCAACGAGACCACCGGCACACCCGCGUGGCUGACAGAGAUGAUAGCGCACCAGCCGUGGCGGGCGCUGGUCUACAAACUGGCCGAAGACUAUCCGGACUGCCUUAUGCUGACCUUUACGGUCAAACUGAUAUCGGACGCCGGCUUUCAGGGCGAGAUCACCAGCAUUUCCACCGCUAGCCAACAGCUGGAGGUCUUCUCACGUAUACUGAAAACCGCUAUCAAUGGCUUCCUCGAGAGCGGCGGCGACGACACACUCGACACCAGUGCCACUGAAUUCACGAAAAUGGUUUGUCACGGGGAGCACACGUUCCUCUACUCGCAGGCAAUGAUGAAUGUGUUGGCACAGGAGUCCAAAGGCGGCGCCGCCAUUAAACGCCUCUCGCAAGAGAUAUCCAAUUACGCACAGAAACACGGACACGACGCCACUCCCAUACUGUUGGCCCUGAACGGGGCCGCAGCGCACCCGCGAGUGAGUCAGGCGCUGAGCGCUAUGCUGGCCAAGAACGCGCUCAACCCGGCGGACAUUACUGUCCUAUACAAAGCCUAUCAGGCGCCGGACGCCCCACCCGUCGAGUUGUUACGAGUGCCCCAAUUCUUGGAUCUGCUGUUGGACUCGCUGUUCAAACCCCUGUGUCGUCUACACCCGGAGCACAAACCCAAAUACAUCUAUCUGUUGGCGUACGCGGCGGCCGUACACGAGUCGCCGUCGGCCACCGCCGGUGCCGGCAAAAAGGCCGGCGCCCGCAAAGCGGUGGUUAGCAAAGACGAGCUGAAAGGCACGCAUCAGGCGAUCGAGAAGGUGAGCGCCAUCUGCACCGAGAAGAAGGGUUCGUCGGAGUUGUUGCCGGAGCUGUCGGCGCUGUUUCAGUGCAUUCGUUACCCGGUGUGCGCUCUUGGGAUGUGCCACUGGGUUCGCAGUGUGGUCUCCGAACGCACGUACUUUCAGCUCAGCACUGAACACACGCCACUACAUCUGGCCCUCUUGGAUGAGGUGACCACAUGCCACACAACACUACACCCGCGAGUGCUGGACCUCUACGUCACUGUAUUCGAGUCGACUCAGGAGGAGCUGGAAGUGUUGGCUCAACUGGAGGUGAAGAAGAUGCUGUUGGACCGUAUGGUACACCUGCUGUCGCGCGGGUGUGUCGUCCCAGUGGUUCAAUACAUCAAACAGUGUAUCGAUAGGGGCGAGACAGACAUGUCGCUCAUCCGGUACUUCGUGUGCGAAGUGUUGGACGUAAUCACACCGCCGUUCACCGCCGACUUUGUCCAACUGUUUUACCCGGUGGUCAACAACGCGGACGUCACCGGGAGUUUACGGUCGGACGCCGAGCAACAGUUGGUGCACGAGUUUUUGUAUGGACAAACGGGUGGCCGAGUGUUCACUUCCUCCGCCGUCUCGACCGAUACUAGCGAUCCUAUCAUUGAAUCUAAUCUCUCGUCCAUUGAGUUGAAUAACACCGCAACUGAUCCAAUAGUUUUAGUAAAUGAGAUACAAGCGAUGGCCAGACAGUCGCCGACACCACCGCAAGAGAUCAUUGAUAUUAGUGCACUCGACAGCGAAGACAUCGCAACCAACAAACAAACACUUUGCAAAGAGUUGUCAUUUUUGCGACAAUUAUGCAAAUCAAAUGAGACACAUGCGAUGGCCAGACCGUUGCCAACUCCACCCCAAGUGAACAAUGAUAUGGUCGACAACAGCGAUGGCGAAGACACAGCCGCUACGCCUAUUGUUAAUGACCAGCCGUUGAUCACAGGCUCUGGAACAGUGAGGGACGGCCCGCACGUGUUUCGCCUAUCGUUGGCGCCGACGACGUCCCGUCACUACGACAUUGUGCCUAAAACAGUGACCAAUGGCUGUCUUCUAGAUCGCGAACCAACACCGGGUGUGCGUACGGGUGUCGGAGCCGACGCCAUAUCCCAACACGAGACCGUUGAACCAAAUCUGGUUAUUGACUUAAAUGCCACCGAAUGUGAUGAACAACAAAGAGCUGAUCCAAUAGUUUCCGAUAAUGGCCACGAAGAGCGGCCGACGCCAGUAAUGGACAGUCCGUUCGCGCAUAAAAUCAUUGAAAUACACGAUACAACCGCUAAUGAGACGAUGGCUGACGACGGCGGCCAAACACCGCGGGCCGAGUCAACUGUCGGCCAAUCGUCGCACACGAGAUGGUCACCGGCAGUGACCGGAGGCCCGUCCACUGCUUUAGGUAAUGGCGACGGCGGCAUCGCGUGUCGGCUACAGUCGUGUGGCCAGCAAUUCCGAAACCGGCAUAAUAGGCUGCGACACGAGAGGGCGGCUCACCCUUGGCUACUGCCUUACUGCCCCAACUGUGACCGUUGCUUCACAUCGCAGGGCCACCUCAACAAACACGUGCGCACAGUUCACGCGCGUCGAUCGUUUGUGUGUCCGUACAGGGGGUGCGGCCGGGCGUACGCCUCACUUCAUUAUCUCAACACUCAUAAAGCAGUCGUUCAUUUCAGUGCCGACGGUAUGAUUGGUCACGCGUUACUGGACAUGGAGUUAACAAACACACUAAAUGUUGCCGACAAUCAAAAUUACGCAAAUAACACACAUUGUAUGGCCAGACCGUUGCCAACUCCGCAAAUGAACAAUGAUAUGGUCGACAACAGCGAUGGCGAAGACACAGCCGCACAGCCUAUUGUUAAUGACCAGCCGUUGAUCACAGGCUCCGGGACAGUGCGGGUCAUUAUGGCCGCGGACGGCCCGCACGUGUUUCGCCUAUCGUUGGCGCCGACAACGUCCGGUCACUACGACAUUGUGCCUAAAACAGUGACCAAUGGCUGUCUUCAGGAACGCGAACCAACACCGGGUGUGCGUACGGGUGUUGGAGCCGACGCCAUAUCCCGAUAUAAGACAAUCGGCGCCAAGACAUGGGUGCCGUCGAUCGCGGACCCGUUGACCAGCCCUAUAAGCGGCCAAACUUGUGACCGGGAGUUGACCGCUGAUGACGUCGAUGAGGACGAGACCAUUGAACCAAAUCUGGUGAUUGACUUAAAUCCCACCGAAUGUGUUGAACAACAAAGAGUUGAUCCAAUAGUUUCCGACAAUGUCCACGAAGAGCGGCCGACGCCAGUAAUGGACAUUCCGUUUGCGCAACAGAUCAUUGAAAUAAGCGAUACAACCGCUAAUGAGACGAUGGCUGAUAUACGGGUUGGCGGCCAAACACCGCGGGCCGAGUCAACUAUCGGCCAAUUGUCACAAACGCGAUGGUCACCGACAGUGACCAGAGCCACGUCCACUGCUUUGGGUAAUGACUCGGGCGGUAUCGCGUGUCGGCUACAGUCGUGCGGCCAACGAUUCCGGAGCCGGCAUAAUAUGCUGCAACACGAGAGGGCGGCUCACCCUUGGCUACUGGCUUACGGGUGUCGGCGCCCCUACUGUGGCCUUUGGUUCGCAUCGCAGGACAAACUCAAUCAACACGUGCGCACAGUUCACGCGCGUCGACCGUUUGCGUGUCCGUACAGGGGGUGCGGUCAGGCGUACGCCUCACUUGAUUAUCUCAACACUCAUUUAGCAGUCGUUCAUUUCACUGCUGACCGUAUGAUUGGUCACCCGUUGCCGAUCGCGGACCCGUUGACCAGCCCUAUAAGCGGCCAAACUUAUGACCGGGAGUUGACCGCUGAUGACGUCGAUGAGGACGAGACUGUUGAAACAAAUCUGGUGAUUGACUUAAAUGCCACCGAAUGUGUUGAACAACAAAGAGCUGAUCCAAUAGUUUCCGACAAUGGCCACGAAGAGAGGCCGACGCCAGUAAUGGACAGUCCGUUUGCGCAACAGAUCAUUAAAAUAAGCGAUACAACCGCUAAUGAGACGAUGGCUGACGACGGCGGCCAAACACCGCGGGCCGAGUCAACUGUCGGCCAAUCGUCGCACACGAGAUGGUCACCGGCAGUGACCAGAGCCACAUCCACUGCUUUGGGUAAUGGCGACGGCGUUAUCGCGUGUCGGCUGUGGUCGUGCGGCCAACGAUUCCAGAGCCGGUAUUAUAUGUUUGAACACGUGAGGGCCGCUCACCCGUCGCAACUGCCUUACCGGUGUCGGCGCACCAACUGUGACCGUUGGUUCACAUCGCAGGGCCACCUCAACAAACACAUGCGCACAGUUCACUCGCGUCGGACGUUUGAGUGUCCGUACAGGGGGUGCGGCCGGGAGUACGCCUCACGUCAUAAUCUGAAUACUCACAUAGCAAUCAGUCAUUUCACUCCAGAACGUAUGAUUGGCCACCCGUUGCCAGACAUGGAGUCCAGGUUUCCCCCGAUAUAUCAACGCAAUUAA